AUGAUACCCCAAUCUUCUGCCGGCGUCCAGCCGUGGAGUCGCUCCAUGCGCGCUCCCAACAACGGCCCAGGACGCGUUGAGGCUUUCCAAGCGCUGAGCCAGUCCGAGUCUCAGUUGGAGAAGCCGCCAAUGCCCCUACCGCAAUCGCUGCCCCGACAGCCGGCAGUCAUCGACCUCACAGCGAAUACUGGAGAUACGCAAGAGAGUGAACCACCGGCGAAGAGGUUGAAACUGGACCUGACCCCAGGAGCGUAUGCGACAACAGGUAGUCCGGCACUCGUAAGCAGUGGCGAAGCGAGAACCACUCCGGGAAUUGCGACUGCCAGACCACAGUCAUUAACCUGGCGGGGCCGGCCGGCGUGGUCGUUUCAAGCAUUGUUGUCGGAGACGACUGGAGCUGUUGAAGUCAAGGAUGGCGAUGCUACCGCGCAAGGGAAGACUUCUUCGUCUCCGCCACCUUUGCCUCUCCACCCUUGGAAGUAUAGCCCUCAGGAGUCCCCGGCAGACGACGCCACGAAGACUGCCGAAGCUGCACCGGUCAAAGAGGUCAAAACAACGCCGUAUCGCAUUGAAGUACCCACGAUUGCGCCCAAGAUCAAAGGGGAGAAGGCUGCGGACUUCCACCCAUGGACCGGUAACCACCCAGAAGACGUCCUUAACGAACACACGGCGAAGCAAGGACACUAUGACCGCACCCAAGUGUCCCAGAAUGAGUCCAACACUGCACGACCGUCACUCUACACACAGUUGAAGCACCGUUCAGGUUUGCAGAUACUUUCUUCUGUCUUCACCGCUGCCCUCGAGAAGAGACAAAGCCACAACACUGUCACGGCUCCGUCGAGCUUCAAGCCACCUCCUCGGGUCACUUUGACGGAUAACAAGCGCGAAGCUUGGCUUCGGGAUCUCGCUAAUCCAUCUGUGCCUCUGCGCAGGCUGAGUCGGACGAUUCCUCAUGGUAUCAGGGGCAAAGUACUCCUCGAUCAGUGCUUAGGCAAAUGGAUCCCAGUCCCUCGCGCCAUAUGGCUGGCGAGAUGUGUUGGUGCCAAUGAAAUCCGCGCGUUCAAAAGGAAAGGCACAAGCGGCACACUCGCUCUGGGCUUGGAGUAUAAAUGGGUCCGCGACUGGACGGCCACCGUGCAACAAUUCCUGGAGGGGGUCAUCAGUACCUGCGGUGCCACGGAUUGGAAGGUGAAAAUGACUUAUGCAGUAAGUCUGACAUCACGACUGUUCUUCGAGCGUUUGCUCGACCAUGAUCAGUACCUCAGCUGGUUUUUGCUGUCGUUGGAAAAUGCCUCUCUCAACACGUUCCCUGUGUGGCUCCUGAUGCUAGGCAUUUAUUGGAGUAAUAUCAUGCGUUACAGGAAACGUGGUCGAAAAUUGGCAGAGGUGCUACUUGAGAAAUUGCAACAGAUGAAGAAGUCUGGACACCAGGAAACCCUCCAGCCGCUUAUUGAGCGUUUGUCUCGCUGUAUAAGAAGAUUGGUCUUGGAGCAUACAUCAUCUCUCAUUCUCCCGAAUUCGUGGACAACAUACAGGGGACUGAUCUCCUCGUGUCUAAACCUUAAGGAGACACCAGACCAGACCAUGUUCCACAAUUUGGUGGAACGUAAUAGUCGUGUUCAGCUGUCCAACGGUGAACAGGACGCUAAAGUUCGGCUCCCCCAGCAUAAAGUCAUCACGCUGUUUGAUUCACUUCGCUCCGCACAUGAUGUUCCCGCCACAGCGUCCGCAUGCCUGGAUGCAGUCGAGGACAAGGCUAUUCUGGUACACAAACUACUCGAGUGGGCAGCAACGCCUUUCAGGCAUGGGUCCCGCCGUGUUUAUACCAGCGUCCGCCUCCUACGAAAGUGGAAGAUGUCUGGGCUCGACAUCGAAUCCCACAUCCUGAGUUUUGUCGCUGGCCUUGACAACAGUAGCCGACUGAAUAUGGAACACCUUUAUCAUAUUUUUUCCGAGCUCGUCCGGUCUCAGACAUUCUCUGUGGGCAGGUAUUUGCAGUGGCUGAUGGCAAAAGGACUUGCGCAUGCGCCCUUGCCCGACGAACAGGUCAUAUCGAUUGAGCUUCGCCUUUUGAUUCAACUUCCGUCACAUCGCUUACCAGAACACGUCCGCAACCUUCGCAACAUGUUGAUCGACCGCGCCGGGUUCUCUCUUGCCCAGGAAAGAACCGUUGUUGCAAAGCUUCAGAUGCUGAUUGCCGGCAGACUUCCCCACAUUUUCGGGUUGGAGAAGAGUGGUGUGCCGAACAAUAACUUGUCCUUCCCUGCUGACCUGACAUGGGCGGUCAAAUCUGAAAUUGGUCUAUGGAUCCGACGCGGUGUGGCCGGGCAUCACCGCAAACCAGGCAGAAAAUACAGUAACAUUCCGCUGUUGUCCGACUCCGGGAUCUCUGCACUGACCACUGGUGAAUUCUACAUCAUCCGAGAGAUCCUAGAGGACUUCGGUGACCUUUCGAUGCUCGCAGAUGUGCUCAAACAGGCAACUACAUGCGACAAUUGCGUCGUGCUCGCAUCAGUUGCAGACACCGUCAAUUAUCAUUUCGACUCGUUCUGUGUGAUCAGCGCCGUGCAUGAUCUUUUCAAAGGCCUUGUCGAAUCAUAUGUUCGUCUGAAGAGAUUUGGAGCACCCAAUCUAGAUUUGAUUUUCUCGUUAAUAGAGCUGGGACUUCGAAUGCCCGGUGAAUUCAAUACUGUCGCACUCCUUCGUCAGGAUCUUGCUCGGAUUGAGAACAGAGCAGCUGUGGCGGCUCCAUCUCCGCUCUCUGACCAUAUCUCGGUACCUACCGGCCAGAUAGAUAGCUUAUUCCGAGAGAAGCUUGAUCAAACGCUUCUCUCUGGUGGUGGAAUGGACGAGUCUACCAUGGACACAUCUUUCGCGUCGCUUACCAAUGCCCUUCAGAACGGUCACAAGAAACUUUCGCCAAAUGAGAUAUGCAGAUAUAUGGCUUACCUCAGAACGUUUCAUCCCAAGCGAUUCGACGCCAUGUUGGUUCGAUGGGUGUGCGGGCUUCUGAAGUCUCAGUCCAAGUCGACUAUGACGCGGAUUCUUCCCCCCCUUAUUGGUGUUGGUUGUGUUACUAUCCAUGCCUUCGUCACCCUUGUCAAAAAGCUUCUGCAAUCGGAAAAGGUCAUUGCGGUAAUUCCAAGCGUCGCAGAAUUGCAACUGGACCUCUUCGAGCUUCUGAUUCCGCCAAAGCAGGAACAAAGUCGCUUCGCAGAUAUGGUCACGUAUAGAUUUCGGCUUGCGCAGCAAGAAUUUCUUGCGAAAUACCCAGAAGAGAGUCUUGACAUAAUUCGUGAUGCCGUGUCUGUGAUCGGAACUGAGAAGAUUGAUACUAUACACGGUUCCAGGAGAGGAGACCUCACUGAGUGCGCAACUAUGCUGCUUCAGCUUCUACUUACACAAAACCCGGAACGAAUCGUUCAAAGUUGCUUGCAGAAGUUUGUCGGUCAACAUACAGCAUCUACAGCUCUACUGCAGAAGGCGCUCGACAAGCUUUUGGGCUUGAACUCGGAUGCAAACGAUAAAUAUGCACCCGAGGCUGAGAAAAUCAUUCGCAUGAACAACGACUUUUCGCUUCCCUUUUGUCAACUCAAGCUUCAACUUCUAUUCAACGCCGAAGCUUCGGGCCAGGACAACAACGGCAUUGUGGAUGUGAUGUUCAAAGCUGCACUGGCCGAUACCAAAUCUCAAAAGGAUCAUUGGUAUGGCUUGGUGAGUCUGAUGAGCCAGGAUGCUAUUCAACAAAUCCGAGAGCGGGCAGAAAAGGGAUUUUUCUCCAUUCCCAUGUUCGUCGAGAACGCGUACAAUUCCAACUCUAUCGAGACUGCAAGGUUGUACCUGACCAUGAUCGAAAAGCUAGCCCCUUGCAUACCUGAGGCUGGAGUACCGACUAUUGUGCCUGUUCUUGUUGAGAAGAUGGAGUUUUUGCUUCAAAAGUUUGUAGCAGCGCAAGCGAACUACACUGGCACCGGUGAUGCUCGUCAAACUGACCCGUCUUUCGAGAGAAGCCUUGCCUUCUGGUUUUCUGCCUUGCUUCGGAUCGUAGUCAUCCACCGCGCAUCAUUCAACGCAGCAGGACUGGCGCCCAGAUCCCAUGGCUUGCCCGAGCAGACUCGUCUACUCAUAUCCAUUUUCUGCAUAUCUCUGGCCCGGCUUCCGAACCAUGUCCUCCGUCUUUACCCGUCAGCCGAUUACUUCCCACAACCCAAACCAGUGGAGAGUUAUCGGCCUUGUCCCGGGAUUCUGCUACAAACUCAUGCACUCGACGUUGCUGCAUGCCUUGUGGACAUCUUCCCGGACGAGGCACGGCAGCAGUGCGCUCGAUUUCUCAGAGAGAAAUGUCCGCCUUUCCUUCAGUUUCAGAACGAUGCUAGAUUCCUAUACCUUCUCGGUCCCAUAUUGGAUAGCUCCAACCCUCCUCAACCCACAUCUCUACCCUCACCUGCCGCUGGCGGCUCCACCCCAACACCGUCGGGAAGCCUGACAUACGGUCAACAUACACCACAACAGCCGUCCGCUGCGGCACCAUCGGUGCUCUCCGCUGGGAUUGCCGAAGGCGUCAACUGCAUUGCAAGUCAUCUUCGAGUUCAGUGCCGCGGUCGUGUCAUCGGCGCGUACCCGGUGCGACCAUGGGAGCUUCUCGAAGACGCAGCCCCGAUUGUUGGUACGAAUGACACCGCGCUGAGUUUGAAAUACUUCGAUGCCAGGCGCGUCAAAGCCUAA